AUAUGUAGUACCACCACCGUCCUCCAAAGGAUUCCAUGUAACUUAGCGUUUACUUAUAACCCGAACAUUGAAAGGAAACCGUUGAAAUACGGAAAUUUGAACCUUUUAGGAAAAUAAAUCAAACUACAAACCUCAAAGAAUUACAAGAGAUUACUAAUUCAGGAAUGGGUCAAACAUUAUCAGAACCCAUUACGGACAAAAAUUCCAGUUAUGGCAUUAACAAAGAUGUUCUGUAUGGAUUGUCAAGCAUGCAAGGAUGGAGAAUUUCUAUGGAGGAUGCCCAUAGUGCCAAGCUUUCUUUAAAAUGCCCUUAUGAAAACCAAGAAGUAGACUUUUUUGCAGUAUAUGAUGGUCAUGGCGGUGAAAAAGUAGCAAAAUGGUGCGGAGAACGUCUUCCAUCAAUUUUGGAAGAAAGCGAAGAGUUCAAAAAGGGAGAUUUUGUGAAUGGUCUUAAGGCUUCAUUUUUAAAAGCCGAUCAGAUGAUUUUGGAAGAUGAGCAAUUCCACACGGAUCCAUCCGGAUGCACAGCCACUGUUUUACUUCGAGCAAACAACAAAAUCUAUUGCGCGAAUGCUGGCGAUUCGCGAACAGUGCUCGGAAGGAAAGGCGUAGCAAAGGCCCUUUCUGUAGAUCACAAGCCUUCAAAUGAAUCCGAAAAGGCGCGUAUUUGUGCUGCGGGUGGUUUCGUAGAUUUUGGUCGUGUCAACGGAAAUUUGGCUCUUUCAAGAGCUAUUGGUGAUUUUGAAUUCAAGAAUAGCAACCUGGAGCCGGAAAAACAAAUUGUUACUUCUCUCCCGGAUGUCAUUGUUCAUGAAGUUACAGACGAGGAUGAAUUCGUGGUGCUUGCAUGCGAUGGUAUUUGGGAUUGUAAAACUUCUCAACAGGUUAUUGAAUUUGUACGUAGAGGUAUUGUUGCUGGUCUUUCUUUACAAGAAAUUUCUGAGAGUCUUAUGGACAACUGUAUUGCUGGUGAUACAGAAACCACUGGCUUAGGUUGCGAUAAUAUGACUGUCUGUGUCGUUGGUUUAUUACAAGGGGAUUCACAAGAAUCUUGGUACAAAAAAAUUGCCGAUCGUGUUGCUGCCCAUGAUGGCCCUUGUGGUGCUCCUGAACUCGCGGAAUCUCGUGGUCCUGGAUUUUCCGGCAACGACAAUGGCGAGAAAAUAAUUGUCCCAUCGGGUUUCCAACAAAUCAGAGUAAAUAGAAUUGAGGGACAUGAUCCAGAUGCUGACGAGGAUGAUAGAAAUGAUGAUUCAGCAAACGGUUCUUUGGCCGCCGGCUUCCGCUGGAAGGAGCACUUUUUCCCCGAAAAAGCUGAAGAUGAAAAAGAAGAUAUUACAACUGAGGAUCCUUCUGUUAAACAGGUCGAAUCCGCUGCAUCUUCCGAUUAAUAUCUUGUACUCUUAAAAUCGUUAUCGCCCUUUUAUAUUAUUCUUCCUUAUGCUACUUUAUAAAUUUCAAAGAAAUUAAAUCACUUCAUGACGAAUGCUGCCCUUGUUCGAAUUCAUAGUUUUGCUCAGCCAUACUAUCUAGUUUUUCGGACAUGUUCUAUCUAUAUAAAAGUUUAUGUCAACAUAUGUUGCAGUGCAUAGCACGAACUUUAGGGUCUGCAUCAAUAAUGUGCUACGUUUUUCGAAUGAUAGCCUUCCGUCAGUGAAUGUUAUGAAAAUUUAUCAAUGAUAGAUGCUUUGGCGAUUCUCUAUUUCCUGUGCUUUGACCUUCUAAUGUCUGUGGAUACCUUACAGAUGAAUGCUUUAUUUUAUUUUUUUACAAUUCUCAUAG